AUGGUCAGGAAGGAGACGCUCCGAGUCCUGUCUGGAGAUGGUGUCAGGGUACGAAGUAUCUGCGGUGAUGUGCACAUCCCUCGGAAAGACUUGGACCAGGUGAUGAACACGGAAGCUUUGGACAAGGAGUCGAAGUUUGAAGCAGACGUGAUCGUGCUGGCCUGCAAGGCCUGGGAAGUGGAGCGUUGCCUUAAGAUGUGUCAGCCGUGGUGUGGAGCUAACACUCUUGUGUUGCCGCUUCAGAAUGGCGUCGAUGCAUUUGGCACAGUCCGAUCCAUUGUGACAUCUUGGGGAAAGGGCCGGCCGUUGGUUGGCUGGUGCAACAUCGUUGCAGCCAUCCAGGAGCCGGGCCUUAUCAAGCAUUGGGCAGCAAAUCCACCUUGCAUCUACUGUGGAGAAUUCGAGGGCGCGCCAACAUCGAGGACAAAGCACAUGGAAUCCGUCCUCGCUUCCUGCGAAGGCAUGGCAGUCUCAUUGGAGCACGAUGCGCUCUCCAAAUGUUGGGAAAAGUUCUCCUUCAUCUGCUCGACGACAGCGGUCCAGGCAACUGCAGGGCCCAGUGCCACGCAGGACUUGAUCCCGCAGGUCCCUGAGCUUGAGCAGAUGUGGCGCUCUGCUAUGGAAGAAAUCAUCGCAAUUGCCAAAAAGAGCGGCAUUGACUACCAGCAGUCCUGGAUGGAAAAGCGCAUCCCUGUUUUGCGAGAUGCCAUUGGUGCCACGACGAGCUGCAGUCGUGAUCUUUGGGCUGGUAGGCACAGCGAGCUGGAAGACUUGCUCGGCUCAGUCCAUCGUAUGGGCCAGGAGAAAGGCGUUCCGACGCCCGUCAUUUCCACUUGCCUGCGAGCCCUCACUGUGCGCGAUCAGUUGGCACGAAGGGCCACGACCUUGCCGAUUUAUCCCAUGUUGGAGGGCCAGAAGAUUCUUGGGACCAUCUGCAACCAUCAAGGGCAACAGCUGCCUGCAGAUCGAACCCUGGCACAGAAAAAAGCUGCAGAGUACUUGAGACCUGAGUGGUUUGUGUGCCCCAUGACAUCGGCCAUUGCCACGGGUGGCCAGUGCGAAGUUCCUGAAGGUGUCCAGAUGCUGUGGGAAGCAGAGCUCGGCGUUGUCAUAUCGCAUUCCUGCGAAAAUCUCUCCCCUCAUGAAGCUCUGGACUACGUGGGUGGCUACUGCAUGGUGCUCGAUUUGACUGGCGGAAACCUUGGUUUUGAGUCCAUGAAGUAUGGCCACUCCUGGACUCGAAACAAGUGCCAGAACACAUUCAAACCGGUGGGUGCAUUCAUUCCUGCAUCCGUACUUCCGAAGCCAGAGUCUUCCCGCAUCAUUUGUCGGGUGAACGGGAAGACCGUUGCAGAGGAUGAGAUCAGCAAGAUGAAAUUCACAAUAGCGCAGCAGGUUGCUGAUGCCAGCGAGCUGACACCUUUACGAAGAGGCGAUAUUCUUCUCACUGGUGCAGGCUCGUUGGGCCCUCUUGCGAUUGGAGAUCUUGUGGAGGGAUCUAUUGAGGGCCUCGAUGCGAAGUACACUGUGAGCGCCACGCUCGCCGGUGAGGUGCCAAAGUGUUCACCUGCACCGCUGGCCACGAUUCUUGAGUCAAGCCUCCUGCAGUUGAUGCUACAGCGCACCAUGUGCGCCGCAUAUGCACAGGAAGCAGAACA